AGCAGAGGGCGGAAUCACGGUUUCGGUGUCAGAGGAAAUGUAAAAAAACAACAUUUAGCGUGACGUCAUAAGACGGCGCAUCGUUAAAGUAAAGGACAGUAGUUCAACGGCAAAAAAAGAGGAAAAAAGAAAGCGAUUGGAACCAAAGUGGGUGAGGUCAAACGUGUAAUGUCGUCGAGCCGCGCCUGACUUGGUUUUGGUGCUUUGGCACCGAACCUUUGGCCGCGGUGUGCUCCUCCUCGCCGGAGCGAAAUUGAUGUGGGACAGAAGCGAUGUCAAGAUGGCGGCCGCCUUGCUCCAGUUGACUUGUAGGUACAGGGGAAUGUUAGCGGUCAGGGCGACAGGGAUCGGGCCGCUGAUACCUGGUCUCGUCCCGGCUCACUUUCGGGCCUUCGCGGUGCGAAAAGAGCCGGAAUUGGAAGACAACCCCUAUUACAACAAAUACCAGGAAAAGAUCCAGAAAAUGCGCAGUUGCAAGCCUGAGGAGUUCAAGGCCAGACUGGAGCGACGCCACCAGUCCAAGAAAGAAGUGCUGGGACGCUCCGAGCAAGCGCAGUUUGUCAGAGCAGUGGAGCGGCAGUCGGAGGAGCGCCGCGGGUUGGCGGCUGCCGAGAGAGCGUCUGGAGCUUUUGCCCAAAAUAAGUCGCUGGGCUCCAUCCUCAACAUGGAGCUAAUCCAGGACAAGACGGGCGAAGAGAUUGCAGAGCUUUGGAUGAAAUAUUACGCCGGCAAGGACACCAUCAGCGCCGUUAUCCCGGGUGGCACGUACGAGCUCAUGAGCGCUCGGGCCGAGUCGUGUCCCACGUUCUUGUACGCGUUGCCGCGGGAGGAGGGCUACGAGUUCUUUGUGGGUCAGUGGUCCGCCCACCGCCUCCAUUUCACCUCCCUCAUCAACUUCCAGACUCAUGGCGAGAGCGCUCCCAGCCAGAUGAUCCUCCAUCACUUCCCGGACUUGAGGGAGGACAAGGGCAUCGUGCUCAUGACGGCCGAUCUGGAGACCAAGAGCAUCACCGUCCCGCAGGCUCAGUGUUUGGCCAAUCAGGUGCAGCUCUUCUACGGCGCCGGCGGCCAGCGGACCUUCGGCUUGGUGGAGACGUUUAACCGCUGGCCGGCAGACUUCAAACACACGUCGGUGAUCGCCGAGCUGGAACGGAGCGGCGUCGGGCCCGCGCUCGGCCCUCCGUCCUCAAGCGGCCACUGAGGACGCCCCCCCCCCCCCUUCCCCCCGAUUCCUGACUUGGGACUGAGGGACAUUUGGAGCUCAUUUGACACGGACAUUCUCAUGCGGUCCAGUUCAGCGCUUGGGUUCGGACCGGUCGCUCUGCUCCUGAAUUUCUUGAGCCCUCUGCAAGAACGCCGAAAUGAAACUUUUUUGUGAAUUUUACCCGCGUGGAUUUAAAUGACCUGCUCUGGAAGUUUUCCGUGCCAAAAC